AUGGCUCGCACGAAGCAGACGGCGCGUAAGUCCACGGGCGGCAAGGCCCCGCGCAAGCAGCUGGCCACCAAGGCGGCCCGCAAGAGCGCGCCGGCCACGGGCGGCGUGAAGAAGCCGCACCGCUACCGGCCCGGCACCGUGGCGCUGCGCGAGAUCCGCCGCUACCAGAAGUCCACCGAGCUGCUGAUCCGCAAGCUGCCGUUCCAGCGGCUGGUGCGCGAGAUCGCGCAGGACUUCAAGACGGACCUGCGCUUCCAGAGCUCGGCCGUGAUGGCGCUGCAGGAGGCGAGCGAGGCCUACCUGGUGGGGCUGUUCGAGGACACCAACCUGUGCGCCAUCCACGCCAAGAGGGUCACCAUCAUGCCCAAGGAUAUCCAGCUGGCGCGCCGCAUCCGCGGCGAGAGGGCCUGAA